AUGAGCCAAUCUUCGUCCUGUAUGAAAGUCAUCUCCGCAAAAUCUCCUAUGGACGAGCCUGCUGAAACCAAAAAGCGUCCUCUGGAUUUAGCCGCUCUUAGGCAAAAACAACUUCAAAAACGGCGAAAGGCCGCUUCAGAGAGUCAAUCUACUGCACGCAAUUCUGACCAGAAACCUCAACAGCGCUCAUCUCUGAGUGGUCGUCUGUCAUCUGGGCCGUUUCUUGCACCAUGUCCCCUUUUUCCUAAAAUUGGUCGACCCCCACGACCACAACCGGUCGAUGUAGAACAAAUUCAACCUCCUUGCAAUCUUCUACCGGCUUCUGCUUUGACCUCAACCACGAAGGCAAACGCUAGUUUAAAUCCUUUCGCUGCCUCAAUCGAAGAAGAAGGGGAAUUAAGAGUAAAGAAGAAGAAUCCUUUUAGCGUGAUCGAUAACAUCUGCGAAUCGCGUAUUUUGUUGCCAAACGAUGAAGACUCCGCGAGCAUAGCCGGAGAUGGCUUUGAGCUCCUGGACGGAGGUAUGGGUGAGCAUGUGAGCCAAGCUCUCCAGACUCAGCUCGGAAAAGUCUCCAAACUUGCACCGUCGCUUUCCCGUUCUUUCUCCUGUCCAGCAGGACUCGCAACACCACAUAUCUCGCUUUCGAAAAAGUCUCGGGGAUCGCUGACUGAUUUUCUGGAAGCAUCCAGUCAUUAUAAGGACGAUAGUGACGCUAGCGUGACAUCCGAAGACGAGGAGGCAGCAUCGCAUGGCUAUAUGUCUGAUGUAGAACAGGAUUGCGAGUUGCAGGGGUUAUGUAAGGAGACAGAGCUCACACCAGCAUCUUGUGCCACCGAUGAGCACGACGCUCAGCGGGAACUGAGAAUUAAUGGAGACGAUGUGAAACCAAACGACCAGGAGGUCGGUGCUGGAAACAGCACCGGAUUUUUGGACCUCAUUAUUGGGAAACGACUGGAAAGGGGAGGAAUUACCGAACAAGAAAUCUUGGCUAUUGCGGAGUUGACUAAAGUGCGAAAAACUGACAAGAAGACGUCUCCGGCGCCCGAACCUCCGAAAUGUUCCAGCGAUAUCAGGGGCACAGAGAGUGUGGAACGUGUCGCAAAUUCCAAUGAGUUACCGAUGGAUUGGACCAUUAAAACUGGCAUGACGAUAUUGUCCCGAAAACCCUUUGCAUGCGCUUCCGAAGGAACUUCUGACGAACAAUCCGGUUACUUGCUACAUUUCGUCCAACAUCGUGCUGAAGACCCAAAAGACUUGCCAAAAAAUCAAACCUUUGGUUGCUCAAUAUACCCUUACCUCUAUCAUUGGACUUAUCCGCCGGAUAAACUUGCGCCGUCAAAUGUUGCCUUAAUGGCAAAGGUACUUGCCAAGGAAGAAGAUGAAGCUGGAAUGAAAGACUACGAACGGCUUGAGUUAGCUCAUUUUAGAAGAUGUGAAGAAGCAUGGAAAGAGGCCUUCCAGUCUGUUUAUGCAAUGACACGAAACGGUCACGCCGAGUAUUUUUUUUACAUCAACUCGCAGUUCUCCGUUGUGCUGUUUUCGGGCGACAAAGAUUCAAGUAAGGAAUGCGAUGCAUUCAUGUCGACGUCGACAGCCGGUAUACGCAAAUGUCUAGACGCUGAAGGCAUCCAAUACCACCUGGUAUUUGGUGAUCGAGGACGGGUAUUCCGUCGACAAGAUCGGUCUGAAGUUGACGGAGCACCGCUUUUCAGCAAAAAACCUGGGAAUGACGACGGCUCCAAAACAUCGGAUGGAGGGGAAUCGAGUGGUCAACUGGACCGCAGCAAAGAGAAGCAUCCACUGCGCUUUAAUGGUUACGCGAAUGUCCACCGCCUGUUUAACUUUCUGCUAAACUGGAAGGAACCACAAACAGAAAGACGUGCGAUGCAGUUACCAACGCUACUGUGCGCAACGCCGUUUAUGAACGCGUCACUAAAGACGGCAAAGAUAUUGAAAAAUGAGAAAGUUCGCUAUAAUGAUGUGGAAGAUCCCGUUGGCGGGAAGAUGAUUGAGACGAUGCACAAGCUUCAAAUCUCUGGUUUUAUUUUACCGACCAGUGCAUACGACAUGCUGACGCUGUUAAGAGCGCAGCAGGUGAUCAAAGAUCCGAGUGGUGGUCUCCUGAUGGUGACCGUCAAGACUGAAGAGCGAACAGUCGGGUUGAACGCUGGGCUCGCCGACAAGGCGGAGACCGGGAAGACUCGACAAGUGGCCACUGUUAAUACGAUUGCAUGCAGAGGGAACGUUUUGCGAUGGAAGUAACCUGAUAAUGAAUGUCUCAAAGAGGGAUAACAUUUCGAGACAAUGUAUAUAUGAAAGGGAUGGUAUAGACGUUAUAGACGUUCAUGCAAGUAUUAUGUAUUUAAAAAAUUGUAUCCUACACAUUUGGAAACUCAACCGAAG